AAGCCCCCUGCGGUUUCCACCCUUAUUUCUAAGUUUCCGGCGGCCCUUUGCCUUAGAAACCACCGAAAUCCUUAACCGCACCUCCCAUAGAUUCUGGUUUUUUAUAAAACGCAGUCGGAAAACUUCAAACUCAUAUGCACUCGGACGCCGACGAGCGGCGAUUCGAAAGGCCUUGUGAAGCGGAACAAAUAUGGCCAAGGAUGAAGAUGACUUCCGAGGGGAGAUCGAGGAGCGGCUGAUAAACGAGGAGUACAAAAUCUGGAAGAAGAACACGCCGUUCCUUUACGAUCUGGUGAUUACUCAUGCGCUGGAGUGGCCGUCGCUGACGGUGCAAUGGCUACCGGACCGUGAGGAACCGCCGGGGAAGGACUACUCUGUCCAGAAGAUGAUACUCGGCACCCAUACUUCCGACAAUGAGCCUAACUACCUCAUGCUCGCUCAAGUCCAGCUUCCGCUUGAGGAUGCUGAGAAUGAUGCGCGGCAGUACGACGAAGAGCGCGGCGAGAUAGGAGGGUUUGGUUGUGCUAGCGGCAAGGUUCAAAUAAUUCAGCAAAUAAAUCAUGAAGGGGAAGUGAACCGAGCUCGAUAUAUGCCUCAAAAUCAAUUUAUUAUUGCUACAAAAACUGUCAGUGCGGAUGUUUAUGUAUUUGAUUACAGCAAACAUCCUUCAAAACCUCCUCUAGAUGGUGCAUGUAGUCCUGAUUUGAGAUUGAAGGGCCAUACAACUGAAGGUUAUGGUUUAUCUUGGAGCGUCUUUAAACAAGGACACCUAUUGAGUGGUUCUGACGAUGCUCAAAUAUGCUUGUGGGAUAUCAAUGGAUCCCCCAAGAAUAAGUCACUUGAUGCUCUUCAGAUAUUUAAGCAGGUCCAUGAUGGCGUUGUUGAAGAUGUUGCUUGGCAUUUGAGACACGAGUACUUGUUCGGCUCUGUUGGUGAUGAUCAACAUUUGCUUAUAUGGGAUUUGCGUUCCCCAACUGCUAAUAAGCCAACUCAUUCUGUGAUUGCUCAUCAAGGAGAGGUUAAUUGCCUGGCAUUCAAUCCAUUCAAUGAAUGGGUUGUAGCGACAGGUUCAACUGAUAAAACUGUUAAGCUUUUUGACCUUCGCAAAAUUAGCACCGCCCUACAUACUUUUGACUGUCACAAAGAGGAGGUUUUCCAAGUUGGCUGGAGUCCCAAGAAUGAGACGAUACUUGCAUCUUGUUGCCUGGGUAGGAGGCUUAUGGUGUGGGAUCUAAGCAGGAUUGACGAAGAACAAACACCUGAGGAUGCAGAAGAUGGCCCACCAGAGUUGCUUUUUAUCCAUGGCGGACACACUAGCAAGAUCUCUGAUUUCUCCUGGAACCCUUGUGAGGAUUGGGUCAUUGCCAGCGUUGCUGAAGAUAACAUCCUUCAGAUAUGGCAGAUGGCAGAGAAUAUCUACCAUGACGAAGAUGAUUUGCCCAACGACGAGCCUUCAAAAGCCUCUUAAUAUAAAUUCAUGAUAUUCUUGGGAUAAUUGAAGGGGCUGCCUUCACAAUAUUCUAGGAAUGCCUGCUAUUUAUUAAAGCUGAAUUAUAAAGGGUGGGUGGCUACUGGCUGUUUUGUAUUUUAGGCUUUUUUUGAGAUGAUUUUUUAUUGCUUCUUAAAGUAAUUUUUAGAUGUAAAAUUGAAUUAUAAGGAACUUUUGAUUACUUGCAGCUGAAGAGUAGGACCGGAUUCCCCCUCAA